GCGAAAAUAUGUCUGCCAUUUUCCUAUCUCCGAUUGGAUAGUAGACAACCAAUCACAACACUUGCCAAUUCUAAACCUCCAUGAAAGCGAUAACUUUGGUCGCGUAGUCGUGAAUGUCGUGAUGUUCGUGGAUGUUCGUCGUGUGUGCCAAAGAAGGAGACAUUUACCGGUUUAACAUUUAUUUAGAUAUAAUACAUUAUUUUUGUUUUCCAUUGUUCUAAUUAAAUACUAACAGGUGACAGAAUGACUGUCACCGUUUUAAAAACCACACCGGAAUACGUUGAAUUUAUCAAGUCCAAAGAUCUAUCGGUUAUACAUUUCUUUGCACCAUGGGCAGAACAAUGUCAACAAGUGAACGACGUUCUAGAAGAAAUGAAAUUAUUGAAAGAUUACGAUAAAGUUCAAUUUGCAAUGGUAGAAGCUGAAAAUUUACCAGAAAUUUCAUUGAAGGCUGGCAUUACAGCAAUACCAACUAUUUUAUUGUAUAAAAAUGAAGAAAUAAUAGAUAGAAUUGAAGGUGUUAAUACAGGAUUGUUAACAGAAAGAGUUAAAUAUCAUUUGGUCAAUGAAGAUGCAACACCAUUGACAGCUGAAUUAACAUUGGAAGUUAGAUUAAAAAGACUUAUAAAUCAAGCACCUUGUAUGGUAUUCAUGAAAGGAAAUCGUGAACAUCCACGCUGUGGUUUUUCAAGAACUAUGAUUGCUUUACUCGAUUCUCAUAGAGCGGAAUAUCAAACCUUUGAUGUAUUGCAAGAUAAUACGAUCAGGGAAGGUUUGAAGAAGUUUAGCGAUUGGCCAACUUAUCCACAAGUGUAUAUUAACGGUGAAUUUAUUGGCGGAUUAGAUAUAGUCAAAGAAAUGAGUAAUUCUGGUAACUUGGAUAGUAUGUUACCUAAAAAAAGUACCUCCCAAAAUAGAAGUUAAAAUAGGACAACAGCUAACUAAUUACAUCCAUAUUUCUUAGAAUAACCUAAUCUAAUAUCACAUUUUUAUCUUCAACUGAAAAUAAUGUUUGCUUAAACAAAUACACAACAAUAACAAAGUUUACAAAUUAAAUAGAAAUAUUUCUAUGAA